AAGAUGAUGCCAGAGCGCGAUUUACUUGUUCAGCUUCUUCCCAGGAACAACUCCCUGUAAAGCCCCACAGGGAGAGCAGCUCUAGAAGCCCUUGAAGCUAUAUAUGCAGGUCGUAGUGCGAGUACCUAUAGUGCAGGAAUGCAAUCUGUGAAUAGGGAGUGUCUUUAUGGAUGCUUGCUUACAGUUCAUCAUCCUCACCGCCGUUGGUCCCAUUUAUAUGACUGUUAUGAGAAGUACUUUUGCAAACAGAGCCCUGCGGAUUUUGCACAGUGCUGUGUUGCUUGUUGUUGCUGGUUCACAAAGCCUGAAGAGUGGACAUCGCAUUACAAACACCACUUGACAAAGCCUGAUGAUUUGCUCCGCUGCGACCUUUUAGUUUUCCGACAUGCUCUGGCUAAAGCAGCAUACUGCCCAUUUUGUCUCGGAGAUAGCAGUCUCAAGCCUCAUGAGCGCAUGAAACAGUUUCUUGAUUGCAGCAAAUGGGAUAGUCACAUUAACUCCUAUCUUUCCUCAGAGGUACUAUCCAACCAAUAUUAUUGCCGGCACCCAGCCUGUUCGGAGAACCUAGAGAGUCUGAUGGAAUUGAAAUGGCAUUUGGAGGAUGUGCACUGUAUCUUGCCCCUGCGAGGAAAGAAAAGGAAGGCUGAUUCAGAAUGACUAGGGUUUAACAUGGUGUGGGAGUUCGCAAAGUAAAUGACUG